AUGCACGGCAUGGACAUGAGCAGCAGCUCCGGCGCAGAGUGCAAAAUUUCCAUGCUAUUUAAUUGGUACACCAUCGACGCCUGCUUUCUCUCUUCAUCAUGGCAGAUCAAAAAUAAUGGCAUGUUUGCUGCAACAUGCAUCGGUAUGAUUCUGCUCGUUAUGGUCGUUGAACUAUGUCGGCGCAUCGGGCGGGAAUACGAUGCCUUCCUCGUCCGCCAAUUUCAGCGCCAAGCUGUGGCUCGCGUCUCCGCCGGCGAGGCCGAGUCUAUGGGACGUAUUACCUUCCGCACUAUGCCGUUGCAGCAGUUGGUCCGGGCUAUUAUUCAUGCUUUCACUUUUGGUGGUGCUUAUAUCGUUAUGUUGUUGGCGAUGUACUUCAACGUUUACGUGAUUGUUUGUAUUUUCAUUGGAGCCGGGUUGGGCAAGUUCUUUUUUGAUUGGAGGGUGGUGAACACCGGCAUAGAUGUGAAUAACAAGGCGAAGGGUGUGGAGGAGACGACCAUCUGUUGUAGUUAA